CUGAUGAUAACCCCAAAAAUAGACACUCAGCUAAGCUCUCGUAUCAUCGGAUCUCACCAUGAAAUACACGCGCCGGGAGCUUCUGGGCUUUAGUAUACCCAAAGACGCCAUGUUCAGCAGGAGGGUCGUCGCAUUCGCCGCUCUGGCCCUCAUCCUGAUCGCCAGCGGUCAGGCCUCGCAGUUCAGCAGGGACGAAAGUCAGGAGGAUCAGAAGACGGAGUUUAACCUGGCCUCCACUCUGACGGGAGGCAUCACGAGCAGUCGUCAUCGCCAGCGGGCCAAUCUCAAUUCGCAACUUUAUCCGAGCCUUGGUCAGCUGGGAUCGGGUUAUGCGGGCGCCACUGGAUCCAUCGACGAUGCCCAUGGCCAUGAGCAGGGUGGCUCUGGCGUACGAGUGGCCAGUACGAACUCCGUAGUUUUUCCUGGCAACCAGUCACCCAAUCCGGCACUCACAAUUACAGGAGGUCAACAGUUUCCCGCUUAUCCGCCUCCGGGCUUUCCUGGACAACAGGCUCCAGUUCCGUACCCAGCUGCAGGAGGAGCCUCAUCUUCCGGUGGUUACCAAAGUGCAGGUGCUGUUGCUUCUCCUGGCUAUCCUGUUGCGGGAGCAGUUCCUGCUCAGUAUCCGGUUGGAGUUCCUCCCCAGCAGCCAGUGGGUACAGGAGCACCUGGUUACUUCCCGGGAACUGGUGCCUAUCCCGGCUAUCCCUACCCCGGAGUAUAUUUGCAGCAGUACCCAGCAUACCCUCAGCCAGCCCAGUUCCCCGCCUAUGGAGUGGUACCCGGAGCUGUGGCUCAACCAGGAGUUCCUGGAGUAGCUGGCGUGCCUGGAGUUCAAGGAGUAGCUGGAGUUCCGGGAGCACCUGGAGUGGCAGGAGUGCCAGGAGCAGCUGGACAGGCUCCUGUCACCAGCGGCAAGAACUAUCAUCGCUAUCCGGCUCACAAUCCCGCUGAUCCGAGCCAUUGGGACCAUCAUUUCUCGAUGAACACCGAGUACAAGGAGGAUGGCGUCCACAAGGGACCAUUUGGAGUGCUGAACAACCACAAUGCUUUUGGCUAUGGCAGUGGCUAUGGGGGCGGCUACAACGGCGCCUUCAACUCGCCGGCCUAUUGAAGCUGGCCGAGAUCAUGGGUAGACCUCGGCGGUGGUGGUAGUGGUAAUGGUGUUGGUGGGGCGUGAAGUAAUCCGAGUCGUAGUCAUAAGUUGGCUGCUGCCUCCUUGGCCAGAGGCAGCUGUCUUUGCCUAUCAUCCUGUGUGUCCCUACGAAAUAAACUUGAUUUUUGCACACCCAA